GCAGCUGCAGCAUAUCAACAUACCUACAAUCCUAACUUCUUUCUUCUUUCAAAGAAAGCCAAAUAUCACUUACUGAGCAACCUAGCCAGGAGACACCAAUGUCUGAACCUGUGCAUUACAAUGGCAAGAUCACAAGGUUCGUGCUGCUUUCUUCCGUUAUUGCAGCAACUGGUGGACUCAUCUUCGGUUAUGGUACUGGAGUAGCAGGUGGAGUGGCCUCAAUGGGACCAUUUUUGGAGAAAUUCUUUCCUGCGAUAUACAGACAGAUGAACGAAAAAAGAGUGGUAAGCAACUACUGCAAAUUCGACAGCCAAUUGCUAACAUCUUUCACCUCGUCGGUAUUGCUAUCUGGACUUCUUGCUACUUUCUUUGCUUCGUCGGCGACUAGGGCCUUGGGACGCAGGGCGUCGAUCCUCAUCGGCGGGCUUGCAUUUAUUGCUGGUUCUGCCCUUGGAGGCGCAGCGAACAAUAUCUACAUGCUAAUAUUUGGUCGUCUCCUGCUCGGAGUGGGGUUUGGUUUUACCAAUCAAUCAGUACCCUUGUAUCUCUCAGAAAUGGCGCCCCCCAAAUACAGAGGAGCUUUCAACUUCGGUUUCCAAUUAUGCAUCGGCUUUGGAGGUCUCUUAUCCUCCCUCGUCAACUACGGCACUGUGAACAUUAGUGGUGGCUGGGGAUGGCGACUUUCCCUAGCAUUGGUUGCCGCUCCCGCCUUCAUUCUCACCGUCUGGGCGCCAUUCCUUCCUGAAACACCCAACUCUCUUGUUCAACAAGGCGAUCAGGAAAAUGCCAAGAGAAUGCUGCAGAAAAUCCGAGGCACCAAUGAUGUGGAAGCAGAAUUCGACGAUCUAAUAACAGCAAGCAAUGCUUCUAAAAACAUUAAACACCCGUUCAAGAAAAUUCUUCAGAGAAAAUAUAGGCCUCAACUAGUGAUGUCCAUAGCGAUCCCAUUCUUUCAACAAGUGACGGGCAUCAGUGUGAUAUCAUUCUAUGCUCCGAUACUGUUUCUAACAACUGGUUCUGGAGUAAGUGCUUCUCUUAUGUCGUCCGUGGUUCUUGGAUUAGCAGGGACGGCGAUGACCCUCUUGUCAGCCUUGAUAGUCGACAAGCAAGGCAGAAAGGCUUUGUUCCAUAUAGGCGGGAUUCUAAUGUUCGUCCCACAAAUGAUGAUUGGAGGGGUAAUGGCAGCAAAACUAGGGGAUCAAGGUGAAUUGAGCAAAGGGUACGGCGUUCUAGUUCUGAUCAUGAUGUGCAUAUAUUCAGCUGGUUUUGGACUGUCAUGGGGUCCGUUGGGAUGGUUGGUUACCAGUGAAAUUUUUCCUCUAGAAAUAAGGUCAGCUGCACAAAGUAUAAACGUGGCGACAAGUUUUCUCAUUACGUUCGUUUUUGCCCAGACCUUCCUAUCAAUGCUUUGCUGUUUCAAGGCUUCGAUUUUCUUCUUCUUUGCAGCAUGGGUGGCGGUGAUGACAGCUUUCGUCUAUGCCUUCCUGCCGGAGACUAAGGAUGUGCCGAUUGAGAAAAUGGAGAAAAUCUGGAGGGAGCAUUGGUUCUGGAAGAAAUUUGUUGAUGAUGGUGCUGAAUAUGAAGGGAAUAAGACUGAAGGGCCUUGAUCAGCUUUGUAGUUUCAUAUUCAUAAGAGGGAAUAAAAUCUGAGCGAUCGUCACCUUUAUUCUUUCUUAAUUUAAUAUUUGAAUCGAGUGUGUUGCGUUCAAUCUCUGGAAGGAUAUGUCCUUUCCUCAAGCUCUUUCAACUCCAAUGUCUGUAUAUCUGUUGCUAUUGGAAAUGAGAAAUGUGUUAGAUGAUCGAUUUUCGAAA